AUGGAGGGUGUGGACAUGGAGGAUGCCUUUGUCAACGGCAGCGGCGGCGUGGGCACUGCGGCUGCGGCUGCCGGCCGGUCGGCGGUUGUGAAUGCCCGGCGGCGGCGGGAGCCAACGGCCCUGCGGGACGACUACGGCGACGGCAUUCCCGGCAACGCGACGGUGUUCGUGCACACCUUCGGCUGCGGCCACAACGUGAGUGAUGGGGAGUACAUGGCGGGUCUUCUCACGCAGGCCGGCUACCGCAUCACAGACGUCUUUGACCACGCCGAUGUGUAUCUUCUUAACUCCUGCACUGUGAAGAGCCCAAGCGAGGAACACUUCAUUACAAUGAUGAACCGGGUACGUGCCACUGGGAAACCCCUCAUCGUUGCCGGAUGUGUUCCGCAGGCAGAUCCAAAGAACACACAGUGGGACGAUGUUAGUGUGAUUGGAGUUCGGAGUAUUGAUCGUGUCGCUCACGUUGUGUACGAAGCAUUACAGGGAAAUUGUGUUCGUCUUAUUGGCGCCGGUGAACAGCAACAAACUCAGCAUACUCAGGGAUCUGAAGAACUUCCUUCAUUAGAUCUUCCAAAGGUUCGUCGAAAUAAGUACAUUGAAAUUAUUCCCAUCAAUGUGGGAUGUUUAAAUCAUUGUACGUAUUGUAAAACAAAACAAGCUCGUGGAGAUUUGAGAAGUUGGCCUAUUUCAAGUAUUAUCUCUCGUAUAAGAGAUGUAGUACGAGAAGGAGUACGAGAGAUAAGAUUAACAUCAGAAGAUGUUGGUGCUUAUGGUGUUGAUAUUGGUACAAAUAUUGUUUCACUCCUUCGUGCAGCGGUUAAAGAAUUAGAAGGGACAAGUGUUAUGAUGCGUGUAGGGAUGAGUAACCCACCCUAUUUACUUCGUCAUGUAGAUGAUUUUGCGGCACUUCUUAAACAUCCAAAUGUGUACGAGUUUGUACAUAUUCCUGUACAGUCUGGAUCUAAUCAUAUUUUAGAUGCAAUGCAGAGAGAAUACAGUGUUGAGGAAUUUUAUGAAUGUGUAGAACAUAUCCGACGUAUUGUACCAAAUGUGUCUAUCGCUACUGAUAUCAUCUGUGCAUUCCCUGGUGAGGGAGAAAAGGAGUGGCGCGAGACGAUGGAACUCUGUGAAAAGAUUCUUUUUCCUAUUCUGAAUAUUACUCGUUUUUAUCCUCGCCGUAAUACUCCUGCAGCGGCAAUGAAACAGAUAUCAAAAGAAAUAGCAAAACAACGUACAUCUGAACUGACUGAGUUUUUUAAUUCGUACCGUACGUACGAUAACAUGGUUGGUGAGGUGCAUACUGUUACGUUGUUAGAAACUGCUCACGAUAAGCAUCACCUUGUUGGACACACAAAAAAUUAUGUUCAAGUACUUGUUGAUCCUAAGGAUGCCAGAAUGGGAGAUACAGUUACUGUUGUCAUCACUUCAACAUCAAAAUACAGCGUUGUAGGACGAGUUUUACAUAGCCGAUGGGAACGUUUCAUGGCGAUAACAUCAGCAAAAACUACAGGACACCAAAUUUCAAGGUUCACAUUAGGUGUUUUUACUUUAGGCACUGUUUCAGCGGCGGCAGCUGUAGCGGCAUUAAUCGCUUCGGGAGUAACAAGAGCGUAUAGGGCGCGUAAUAACCAGUAG